AUGGCCUCCACCCUAGUAGCUUCUUGCUUACUAAUUAUCGCGAGGUCUAUUUCGACGAACCAUGUUGGGUUCAGAGGAAAUGCAUUGCAAGAAAGUUUAGCUGCUGCUGCUCUACCUCUACCAGCGCUUGCCGUGGAGCCUUGUCCAGCUGGUUCGAACAACUGCUACUCCACCGCCUCGGCCAUGAAGCCCUGGAAGUGGCCAGCGGGCAAGAGCCGAACAGAUGCCGUCCAAGAGCUUAGGACGGUGAUUGAGGCCUAUCCAAAGGAAGGACAGGAUGGAGUUGACCAGGGUGGAUGGUCGUUUGCAGUGGAUGACCUCUCAAGCAAAGGCUACGCGCGACUGGAGUUCAUGUCGGGCGUUGGUAACUUUGCGAAGUUCUUCAAUGGCGGCAAGCCUUUCGUGGAUGACUUUGAGGUGAAUGUAGAGGAUGACAAGGUGAGCGUCAGGAGCUCUUCCCGGGUUGGAGACAGUGAUUUGGGAGUCAAUGCAAAACGCAUCAACUACAUUGCAUCAGGUUUGAGAGCGAAGGGCUGGGAGGCUUCUGGUGUAUAG